AUGUUGGGUAGACGGCUGGUGCAGUUCUUAUUCAGAUUCCUCAGUGUACCUCGCUCAAAUAGCUCGGGUAAACCUGGCAGCGUCCAGGCUCUGGACCUAUGGGAAUUUUACGGUGGUGAAACCAGCGAGGCUCCAAAGUUUCAGCUCAGAAAAGCAGAUGGCAGAAGACUGACUGGGGCAGAGUUUUUCGAUGUAGUCAAAGAAGCUGUGGCAAAAGAACAGGGUGAAGAGUUUGUUGUUCCUACUGCAGCCUUUGAAGCUUUGUUAAGCGAGUACGAUGCCAUAAUGAAAGAAGAUUCAGAAUAUAAGGAUAAAUAUCAACGGUCACUCGCCGAAACGGAGAAUGUCCGACAUCGUGGGUUCAAACUAGUCGAGGAAGCCAAAGUUUUUGCAAUACAGAGUUUCUGUAAGGACCUUCUGGAGGUUGCCGAUGUACUAGAUAUUGCCGUUGACUCAGUCAAACCGGAGCAGUUGAAAGCUGCGGACAAAACUCUUUCCGAUCUUCAUCAAGGCAUUGUCAUGACGCGAACAGUCCUGCUCAAGACUUUCGCGAAGCAUGGACUGGUUCCAGUUAACCCAAUGGGCGAGAAGUUUGAUCCCAAUGUGCAUGAAGCUGUGUUCCAAGUUCCAGCAGGACCGGAUGUCAAGGCUAAGCCUGGACAUAUAAUGCACGUGAUAAAUUAG